AACCAAACCGUGCUGUCUUUCUUCAAAAAUAUCAUAUCUUUCCACUAUCCGAAUCUCAAUUUUCCUCCGUUGAAGUCUUCGUUCGUUGUUCUCUGAAUCAUGGAGAUGGAACGCGUCAUCGAAUUCCCCCACACUCACAUGGAUCGCCGCCCCAGAAAGAGAGCGAGGUUAGGCUGGGACGUCGCUGAGGCCCCCAAGGCUCAGGUAGGAUUGUUUUGUGGACAAGAGGUUGGGAAUAUUUCUGGCUAUGCUCCUUCAAGGGGUCCAUCCGAACAUACCAAUAGUUCUCUAUUUGCUAAGGGAGUUGCUCGAAAUGGUUCUCCCCCUUGGCGAGAUGAUGACAAAGAUGGGCAUUACAUGUUUGCAGUUGGAGAAAAUUUAACAUCUCGCUAUAAGAUCCAUUGCAAAAUGGGUGAAGGAACCUUUGGACAGGUCUUAGAAUGCUGGGACAGAGAAAGGAAGGAAAUGGUUGCCAUUAAAAUUGUUCGUGGUAUAAAGAAAUAUCGAGAGGCCGCCAUGAUAGAAAUUGAGAUGUUGCAACAGCUUGGGAAACAUGACAAAGGAGGCAGCCGUUGUGUUCAAAUACGGAACUGGUUUGACUAUCGUAAUCAUAUCUGUAUUGUGUUUGAGAAACUUGGACCAAGCUUAUACGAUUUUCUUCGGAAAAACAAUUAUCGCUCAUUUCCCAUUGAUCUUGUCCGUGAGAUUGGCAGACAACUAUUGGAAUGUAUUGCAUUCAUGCAUGACUUGUGCAUGAUCCAUACUGACCUGAAGCCUGAGAACAUACUGCUAGUUUCACCAGAUUAUGUCAAAGUUCCUGACUACAAGAAUUCAUCUAGAUCACCAAAUUCCUAUUUCAAGAGAGUGCCCAAGUCAAGUGCUAUAAAGGUUAUUGACUUUGGCAGUACCACUUAUAAGCGAGAAGAUCAAAGUUACAUUGUAUCAACUCGUCAUUAUAGAGCACCUGAAGUCAUCCUUGGACUUGGCUGGAGUUAUCCAUGUGAUACAUGGAGCGUGGGAUGUAUACUGGUUGAACUAUGCACGGGCGAAGCUUUGUUUCAGACUCAUGAGAAUUUAGAGCACCUUGCCAUGAUGGAGAGGGUACUUGGUCCAUUACCGCAGCACAUGUUGAAGAGAGUCGACCGACAUUCUGAGAAAUAUGUUAGAAGGGGUAGAUUAGACUGGCCUGAGGGCGCGACCUCAAGGGAUAGUAUUAAAGCUGUAACAAAGCUUCCCAGGCUACAGAACCUUAUAAUGCAGCAUGUUGAUCAUUCAGCUGGUGAUCUCAUACAUCUCUUGCAAGGGUUACUUAGAUAUGACCCCUCUGAGAGACUUACAGCUAAGGAAGCUCUGAAUCAUUCUUUCUUCAUGAGAGAUAAUCUUCGGAGAUAACAUUCAUUGACAAUUCAAUUUAUGUGAUACUGUGUUGGGAAAGCAGCGAGUGUUGCUAAAUGCUAACUGAACGGGGAAGUUAUGUGAAAAUCAUAACAAUGGUUUUCCAGUUACUGACCCUACUCCAACGCCCUGGCACGUUCUGUAUUUUAGAAGUUUUGAAUGUGAUAUACCGACUCAAAAUCUGGAUUCAAUGUAUAGAUUUUUUUUAUAGUUAAUAAUCAUGUGGUGAGAAGUUUAUAUUUAA